ACAGUGGUUUCUUAUCUUAGGAGUGGCCCUGAGGAGCAGCCCAAGAAGAGUUUUUUUGAGUUGAGAUAUCUCUGGCGUUCCCAUUUAAAAAAAAAGUCUGCAACAAACUUAUACGAGUUUAGAUGGCUCUAGAAUCCAGAGAGUCUGCAGCACUGAAUCCCCAGAAGCCAACAGAAAAAGAGAGACUUCAAGUAAUAAAGAUAGAGAAAGAAGAGGAUCAUAUAUGGGGGAAGAAAGGUAACCACAAGAAGAACAGCCCUCCUAGACAAGAGAUUUUCCGCCUGAGGUUCAGGCAAUUUGACUAUAGUGACACGCCUGGACCCCGAGAGGCUCUCAGCAAACUCUGGGAACUUUGCCAUCAGUGGCUAAGACCAGAGGUACACACGAAGGAGCAGAUUCUAGAGCUGCUGGUUCUAGAACAGUUCUUGACUAUUUUGCCGGAGGAUCUGCAGAGCUGGGUAAGAGAUCGGCAUCCAGAGAGUGGAGAGGAGGUGGUAACUGUGCUGGAAGAUUUGGAGAAAGAACUUGGUGAACCAGAAUGUCAGGUGACUGCUUUACAAGACCAAACAUCGCAUUAUCUUCAAGUUGCAUCACGUGUGCAGAAAGAGGCAGAAGCCUGGGAGAAGAUGGAACCCUUAAGAGAAGUACAGGAUGCACUGAAUGUCCAGCUUCAGCCUAUGAAUGCUCAGAUCAAGUGUGGGUCUCCAGAGCCCCAGUUCCCACAAGAAAGAGGUGAGGAGCAAGGGGAAAGAAGAAAGCUAUUGAUCAUUUCAGAUUUUGAAACUUACACCAAAUGGUCCCUUCCAAAGCAGGAAUUUCCUGAAGAAGUGGAGUCACAGGAGAGGAUAUCUGGAACCCUCCCAAUAGAUGUUUCCAAGAGAACCAAGAUUGGAGAAGCCUUUGAAUGUGAAGGCACUUUGGACACACAGCAAUCCCUUUCCUGGGAUGGAAAUUUUAUGGUAGCAACCUUCUCUUCUGGAAAAAUUCCCUUAGGAGAGAAUGGCCAUAAAUAUGAGUGUCUGAGUAGUUACCGGAUGAAUUCAGAUCUGGUUAUACAUACAGCAGAGAAACCCUAUAUAUCUGCUACAAAUGACCAAAACUUUAAACAGAAUUCAUCUUCUAAUGUGCAUCAAAAAGAUCCAACUUUCAAGAAACCUUAUGAAUGUAAUGAAUGUGAGAAAACCUUUAAACAGAACUCUGGUCUUAGAAAACAUCAAAGAAUUCAUAUGGGAGUGAAACCCUACAAGUGUGCUCAGUGUGGGAAAGCAUUUAGACAAAGCUCUGAUCUUAGGAAGCAUCAAAGAAUUCAUACAGGAGAGAAACCCUAUUCAUGUAGUGAAUGUGGGAAAGCCUUUAGGGGAAGCUCAGACCUUAUUCAGCAUCAAAGAAUUCACACUGGAAAUAAACCUUAUGAAUGUAGUGAAUGUGGAGAAGCUUUUAGUAGGAGCUCCCACCUUGUUCAACAUAGAAGAAUUCAUACUGGAGAAAAACCUUAUCAUUGCAGGGAAUGUGGGAAAGCUUUCAGUCAGAUCUCUUCCCUUAUUCAACAUCAGAGAAUUCAUACUGGAGAGAAACCCUAUGGAUGUAAUGAAUGUGGGAGAGCCUUCUAUCACAGCUCUAAUCUUACUCAGCAUCAGAGAAUUCACACUGGAGAGAAGCCCUAUCAAUGCAGAGAAUGUGGGAAAGCCUUCAGGCAUACAUCUGGCCUUGUGACUCAUCAGAGAGUACACACCAGACGAGCCACAGGCACUGAAGAGGUCGGUGUGGAUGAACACCUGCUCCCAAAUCCUAGAGAAAGCCGAAGGACCGCAGGCCAGGCCGGGCCCCACAAUGAACCGGACCUUUUCUCCCGCGCCCAAAGGGAGUCCCGCGGCUUGGGCAAAGCGGAGCGAGGGUCGCCUCCCGGCAAUCGGCUACAUCUCCCCCGCCUCCCCCCGAACCAGGCCGACCCCGACUCCCCCUCAGUGACGUCACCGGAGCGGGACCGGCCCGAUUUUCCGGCGCCAAACUCCAUCCUGGGGUUCCUCGGCCUCAUCCCCACCGCCAUCUUCCGGAGGCCAGAAGAAAUCCGGGCGGCGCCGUUCUCUGGGACUCAGGAGCCAGCUGCCUUUCUUUGCUGGAUCCUGAGCCUUGAGCUCGCUUAUUCAGUGAAGCGUUUGGAUAGUAGCAUUGGUUGCAGCGCCUGUAUAGUCUUUGCACAAUCUCAAAUGGCUCUAGAAUCCAGAGAGGCUAAAACCCUCGAUCCUCAGAAUCCCAUAUGGAAAGAGAGACUUCAAGUCGUCAAAGUAAAGGUGGAGGAAGAAGAGGAUUACAUAUGGGAGAAGAAAUGUAACUACAAGAGGAACAGCCCUUCUACCCAGGAGAUCUUCCGGCUAAGGUUCAGGCAGUUUGGCUACAGUAACAUACCUGGACCCCGAGAGAUUCUCAGCAAACUCCGGGAACUUUGCCAUCAGUGGCUAAGACCAGAUGUACACACGAAAGUGCAGAUUCUAGAACUGCUGGUUCUAGAACAGUUCUUGACUAUUUUGCCGGAGGAUCUGCAGAGCUGGGUGAGAGAUCGGCAUCCAGAGAGUGGAGAGGAGGUGGUAACUGUGCUGGAAGAUUUGGAGAGAGAGCUUGGUGAACCAGGACGUCAGGUUGCAUCAAAUGCACAGACAAAGGGAGGUACCUGGGAAAAGAUGGUACCUUUGAAAGCAGCCGAGGAUGCACUGAAUGUCCACCUUCAGCCUUUGAAUGCCGAGAUCAAGUGUGGGUCUCCAGAGCCUCAGUUCCCACAAGAAGGAGAUUUUGAGACUGGUACCAAGUUGUCACUUCCAAAGCAAGAACUUUCUGAAGAAGGGGAGUCACAGGAGAUGAUAUCAGGAAGACUUCCAAUGGAUGUUUCCAAGGGAACCAAGAUGGGAGAAGCCUAUAAAUGUGAAGGCACUUUAGUUAAGCAGCAGGGAAACAAAAUGGAGGAAGAAGAUGAAUCCCUUUCCCAGGAUGGAAAUUUUAUGGUAGUGACUAUGCCUUCUGAAAAAAUUUCCUUAGGAGAGAAUGGCCAUAAAUAUGAAGAAUGUUUGUGUAGUUGUCAUUUGAACUCAAAUCUAGUUACACAACAUAGAAUUCCGACAGAAGAGAAGACUCAUAUAUCUAAUACAAACAACCAAAACUCUAGACAGAAUUUGUCUUCUAGUGUACAUCAAAUAGAUGAGACUGUCAAGAAACCUUAUGAAUGUAAUGAAUGUGAGAAAACAUUCAAGCAAAACUCAGAACUUCGAAAACAUCAGGGAAUUCAUAUAGGAGUGAAGCCUCACAAAUGUACUCAGUGUGAGAAAGCAUUCAGCCGCCGUUCAUAUCUUAGGAAACAUCAAAAAAUUCACACUGGAGUGAAACCCUAUUCAUGUAGUGAAUGUGGGAAAGCUUUCAGGGUGAGCUCAGACCUUAUUCAGCAUCAAAGAAUUCACACUGGAGACAAACCCUAUCAUUGUAGAGAAUGUGGGAAAGCCUUCAAUCAGAACUCUUCCCUUAUUCAACAUCAGCGAAUUCAUACUGGAGAGAAACCUUAUGAGUGUAAUGAAUGUGGGAGAGCUUUCAAUCAACGCUCAGCUCUUACUCAACAUCAGAGAAUUCAUACUGGAGAGAAGCCCUAUGAAUGUAAAGAAUGUGGAAAACCCUUCAGGCAUUGGUCUGGCCUUAUGACACAUCGAAGAGUACACACCAAACUUUGACCCUGUGCAUAUGGCAGAUUUUCAGACAACUUUGUAACUGUUAUUAAAUUUCAGAAAAUAUAUCCUGGGAUCAUAACCUUAUAAAGUAAUUGUGAGCUCUUCAGGGGCAGAGCCUGUGCUUGUCUUAUUUUUGUAUGGCUCUCUUCUUAUUUUCAUAUGCCUAUGAGACAUUCAUUAAGGUUUAGUUUCUGAUAGACUAAUAUGUAUUAUCAAGGGGUAGGGAGUGUAAACAUUGUUCAUUGCUUCUUUUACUUUUUAGGAAACUCAAGGAAUUUGAAAUAAGUCAAAAUGUAAUCUCUCAAGCCGAAGCUUAAUCACUCCAAGAAAUUAGAAAUUAGAGCAAAUUUAUAUGAUUCCUUUAUCUAUUCUUUACGAUUUCCUAUAUUUGUCAUCAUUUGUCAUUAAUAGGAAGGUAUCAUGAAUAUUGUCUUUGGAUUGUCCUUCUGUAGCUGAUUAUUCCAACUUAUCUCUGAUCUCCACUGGCAUCUCUCUGAGGAGAGAUUUCAAAAAAAAAAUUUUCCACGGUAAAAAAGCAGUAUGACAGUGAUGAGGGAGUUAUAUUGGAUUGUCAGUUUUAUUGACAUAUAUUGGGCAAAAUAAGUUCCUAUUAAUUUUUCCCCAUUGAUUGUGAAUUUAUGUUUUCCUUUUUUGAUAAUGGUAAUUUUGUUUUUUAAAUCUUAAUUAUUUAAUAGUUUAUCUGUUUCCUUUUUUUUUUUUUUUUUCUGUUCACAGUUUUACUUAUUAGUUGAUAGGGGGUUUUGCUUUCAAUUUUUUUCUCCUUUUUGAUUUUAAGAUUUCUACCAUGGUUGUUAAUUAGGAGGUGUGUUAAAUUUGUUGGUUUUCUAGUUAUUUUUUCUUGCAUGCCUUAUUUGUUGAUCUGCUUUCUUUUUUAUUGCUGAAAAUAUUUAAGACAUAACAUUUCCUUUAAGUCCUGCUUUGGCCACAUCCCUCAAAUUUAUUAUGUUCUUUUCUUAUUAUCUUAUUUUGCUUCUAUGAUUCAUUCUUUGAUUCAUCUAUUCUUUACAUUUGAGUUACUUCUAAUUAAUUUUUAUUUUUGCUCGUUUAUAGGAUAUGAUUUUUAUUGUUUUGUCAUACAAGUUGAAUUUAAUAUUUUUGAUUAUAUGCAUUUUUAUCUGUUUUUUAUGUUCUUAAUACAUGGUCAAUUUUUGGGAAAGUGCCAUACAUAGCUCAAAAAUAGGAAUACUCUUUUCUAUUCCAGAUUGAUAUUUUCCAAAGGUGUUUUAUCUCUGAUUUUUCUAAAGUGAUAUUUAGAUCUUUCAUUUCUUUAAAAAAAUUUUUUUUUAGUCAGAGUUAUGAGAUGGUGGAAAUUGAACUCCUCCACUAUUAUAGUUUAAUUUCUUUCUCCUUAUUAAUUAAUUUAAUUUUUCUUUAAAAUUUAGAUCUUGUGGUAUAUGAUGUAUAUGUGUUGGGUAUUAAUAUAAAUUUGUCUGUGGUACCUUUCAGUAUAAUGUAGCUUUCCUUUUUUAUCUUUUUUAAAAAUUGGGUCUGUUUUUGUUGUUGUUUUAUCUGAUAUCAUGAUUGCUACCCCUGCCUUUUUUACUUCAAGUGAAGGAAAAUAAAUUUCUCCAGCCUCUCACUUUAACUUUCUAUAUA